AUGUCAUUCGAAUUUCAAAUUAUUAAUGAUGAACUUAUCGUAUCACAAGCAAAUUUCGUUGAUCCUAAUGUACGUCAAGCAUUUUCUAAUGCCUUAAAUACUUCCAACACUCGUACAACUAGUGUAAUUGUUAAAGAUGAUAAUCAGAUAUUUUCUGAAAAUUGGAAUCUCAUUCUAGAAAAUCCAAAUAUUAAAAAAUUGACGUUAUCUAAUAUAAUAUUAUCUCGUAAUGAUGCCAGUAAGAUUGCCGGUUGUAUACAAGAAAAUCAAACAUUGAAAGAAUUAAUUAUUCAUGGAACAGUUACAGAAUAUACAUUCGAAGUUCUAUCGCUAGCAUUAGACCAAAAUAAAACAUUAAUACAUAUUGAGUUUGAUGAUAUUUAUAAGAACGACAUUGUCGUUCUACAACUAAUGAGUAAGAUCGAACGAAAUAAGGCCAUAUCCAGACAAUCUUCAUAUCCAGACAGUGAAGUAGUUCAAAGAAAUAACGAAAUAGUAUCUGUAGAAACGCCAAUGUUAGAACCAGUUAAGACGGUUACAUCAAGACAAUUUUCUACCAUAUUUCCUCGUAAUAAAAUGCUGCCGUUAUUUCUCGUCUCCACCGUGUGUUUUCUUUGCGGUUUACUUAAUAGUUUUAACGGUGUUUUUAUUCGUCAACUAAAAAACUCGUUUGUUCUUACAAAAUUUCAAGCUGGUCUUGUUUUUUCCGUUUUUUACAUUGGUUAUUUUUUGUGGGCGAUACCGGCUGCUUUAUUAAUGAGAAAAGUUGGAUAUAAGGCAGGAUUGGUGACUGGUCUAUUUGUGUCUGGUACGGGAGCACUACUAGUUUUACUAGCAGGUUAUAUUGGACAAUAUUUAAUAUUUUUGAUUGCAUUAUUUAUUAUUACAAGUGGACUGUCGUUUCUGGAAACAGCCUCGAAUCCUUUCAUUGUUCGAUUAGGCGAUCCAGUAACAUCAGAACAACGUUUGAAUUUUUCUCAAGCGUUUACUCCUUUAGGUGCCAUUAUCGGCGUAUUCAUCGGAACAAUUUUCAUCUUUUCAGACCUAGAUUUGCCUCCAGGACAAGUCAAUUCGAUGAAAGUGAAUGAAACACACAACAAAUAUUUAGAAAACAAAAUGAUGGGAGUAACUUAUUCGUAUAUCGUCUUAGGCGUUAUUGCAUUUAUUUUGGCAAUAAUCAUUUUGAUCAUAAAAUUUCCGAAAACAAAAAAUAAAGUAAAUGUUGUUCAUGAAAAUGAAGUAACAACUAAAUCAUCAGAAUCUCGUUCACUUCGUCAUAUCAAUUUUAUAUUCGCUGUAAUUGCUCAGCUUUUAAAUGUUGGAGUUCAGAUUGGAACCUGGAGUCAUUUUACUCAAUAUGCUCAAAAUUACACAGGAAUUUCAAAAAGAAUUGCUGAAUAUUGGAUGAUUGGAACAUUGGCUGCAUUUAGUGUAGGAAGAUUCAGUUCAGUAUUUAUAAUGGAAUAUGUUCGUCCAGAUCUUCUUAUGGGUUUAUAUAGUUUAAUAAAUUGCGUUUUAGUUGGUGUUGGUGUGUUUCUCACCGGAUGGUCUGGAAUGUUGUGCAUAUUUUUCACGAGUUUUUUUAUGUCAGUUAUGCUUCCUACGACAUUUGCUAUUGGCCUGAAAGGAUUGUCUAGCUCAACAACGAAAAUCGCGAGUAGUAUCUUGGUGAUGACUAUAGUGGGAGGAGCUGCGUUGACGCUAUUGAUGGAUCUUAUUAUAUAUUUGACCAAGAAUAUUGCACAAGCUUAUCUCGUACCAUUUAUCGUACAUUUGUUCAUUGCACUGUACUCGCUUGUGGGAGUUAGAUUAGGUGCAACAAAAUGUGUAACUGAAACGAAAGGUUUGUAA